AUGACUUAUGCUAUGACACCUCUCCUCAAGCCAUACGAAUGCUGCUGUAUAGCAUCUGUGCCAACACCUUUCAGCAUCACCACUACCAAACCCUCAUUCCCAUUUUUUUCUCUACCUUCAAAACCCCUCAAACUCACCCACCUCUGUUUCUCGUCUUCAUCGUUUUCUUCUUCUUCCCCUUCAUGGGUCUCAAAACCCAAGAUUUCACAGUCCCUUCUGGUCCCUCUUGUUGCACAGACCUCAGAUUGGGCCCAUCAAGAGGAAGAAGAAGUGCAAGAAGACAGACCAGUUGAUGGGUUUCGGGCGGUGGAUGACACAGAUGCUGGUUCUAGUUUACCUUUGCAAGGUGAGGGUGAAGAAGAAGAGAGAGAAGAGGGUUCUGUAGAUGGUGGGCUGUUGGAGGAGGAGGAGGAAAAUAAAGAUUCGUACGCAGAGCCCCCUGAGGAGGCCAAACUUUUUGUUGGAAACUUGCCUUAUGACAUUGACAGUGAGAAAUUGGCUCAGCUUUUUAAUCAGGCUGGUGUUGUUGAGAUUUCUGAGGUAAUUUACAAUAGAGAAACAGAUCAGAGUCGGGGGUUUGGGUUUGUGACAAUGAGUACUGUAGAAGAAGCUGAGAAGGCUGUGGAGAUGUUCCAUCGCUAUACCUUUGAUAGGUUUCCGGGAAGGAGGUACUUUGUGAGGAGGGCAUUGAGCCAUGUAGUUUGGUACUCUCCUAAGAAAAUCUUUUUACUCAUAUAUCAAGGACAAUUCUCUUGGAGUGCAAAAGUGGUUGUUUAUGGCUUCUGGAGAAUAGAGUUUGCAGAAUGUAAAAGCACAGAUUCAUGGAAUUUAGGGGGGGGGGGGUGUGGGGAUAUAUUCCACUCUCACAGGUUAAUUCUCCAUGUUGAUCAAGGGUUGCUGAUAGAGCUGUGGUUUAGGCUCUACAACAUUUCGGAUUUGAAUGGAAGGCUGCUGACUGUAAAUAAGGCUGGUCCAAAAGGUUCAAGGCCAGAAAGACUCCCCCAGGUGUUUGAACCUUCAGUCAGAAUUUAUGUUGGUAACCUUCCGUGGCAAGUGGACAACGCUCGCCUGGAGCAGGUGUUUAGUGAAUAUGGAAAGGUAAUUGAUGCCAGGGUACUUUACGAUCGAGAGACUGGGCGUUCACGUGGAUUUGGUUUUGUAACAAUGUCGAGUGAAACAGAAGUACAUGAUGCCAUUGCUGCUUUGGAUGGACAGGACUUGCUUGUAUUUAUCCGUAGAAAUAGAUCAACGAAUACAAGAGUAGGAAGAAAGAAGAAGCAGGGAAAAAAGGAUGUGAAAGUGAUCUCUUGA